AUGUCUUUGGCGGGAACUUCAGACAUGGCGACUACCUCCUAUCCGAAUACUUCUUUCCUCGGAAUACCUCUCGACAUUCGUACAAUAAUUUACGAGAUGUUGCUCGUUAAUCCUAUCCUAGGGACUAGCCUUGCCAUCACCGAAAGUGACAACUAUGGAGUAGAUACCAAAUAUGACCUCCAUCCGGUCAUCCUUGCGGUCUGCCGACAAACCUACCUUGAGGGCACGAGUACCUUGUAUGGUCUAAACACCUUUUACAUUGCCCCUCUUCCGGAUUUCUUGAGUGCCCGUGUCAACAACUACGAGAAUAGCAUUUCCCCCGUCACGAGAUACCACAAUGCAUUGGAACAUCACGAUAACGAUUUUGCCAAUAUACAUAGGGUAUUGAAAGGAGCCGGAAGCUUAGGCAACCUCAAAGCAAUGAAAGCCGUAAGAUCUUGGAAGGUCGUACUCAUGGUGGACAUCGAAAGCACCAAUGCAAACGUUGGAACGCAAGCAGAGCCGAUAGGUCUUUUCCGUUUCUGUUGUGCUAUAGCCCACAGCUCCCCCCGCUCGAUGGAUAUUGCCAUUGUCCCAAAAGGAAUGAUUCGCAUCGGCGACCCCGCAAGUCAGUAUAUCUCAAUGGAGAAUAUGCUCCAGGCAUUGAGCAAUGUCCGCAAUGUCGAAACGGUUAGAUUUCGGGAUGCCACCAUCUUUGAAAUUCCGGAUUUCGUUGACCAAGACGAAGAUGCACUAGAGUUCCACAGCCAUAUGGAAGAAGAAGCGCUUCUCGAGGUACAGCUCGUCGAACCAAUGCAGGGCAACGUCAAAAUCGAAUUUGCAUAUGAGAUGUACCACCCGCUUCUGCGAUAUGCCCAGGCUUUCGAGCAAUAUGGGCCGUUCAAGGAACUGAUGGCGCUUACCGAGGACGAGUAUACCGAGAGAGAUGGAAUUGGUAGCGAUGACGAGUAUGCAAACUGGUGCGCAAAAGGAAAUCCAUUCUACGGAGACUACGUUCACCCAGUUGAGAAGAACCUUAUGGCAGCAAAGUUAGAAGCUGGCAAAAAUCACGUGUCGGCCUUUAAAGGUUUGCGCAAGUCGGUAUUGGAAUAUCUCGAAAAUCAAUACCAAAGAAUCACUAAGGCGGCUGGUGAUUUGUCAAAUUUUGUUCUGACUCAAAAGUCAACAUAUGGCUUAUUUGACCCAAAUACGAGACAUUUACCAGUAUAUCUGAGCGGAGAUACGCAAUCAGCUGUUCUCACAGCAAUGGUAUUGCUUGAGAAAUACGCCACUUCCUUUAAGCGAGAUAUGCCUCUUGAAACGAAGAUGCAAUGUCGCUCUUUAGACUAUAAUUUCAGUAGCCUGUAUGGCAUGAUGGAACCAAACUUCCAAGUCGAGCGUGUGAUUCGAGCCUUCGAGGCAGCAGACCUGCGCGACUUUGUUAAGUGGUAUCAAAAUGCUAUCGAUCUAUUCGACGAGCAGUACUUGGAGAUUAGAGCAGCUCGGAAGCAGCUCUUCAAGUUCGACAUGCGGCAAGAAUUUGGAGUGAUUCUUGGUCCUGAAGAUAUGCACCUCAUCGAGCACAUUAAUGUGAGCAAACCUCUUUACUUGUUACGCUGUUCUACCUUUCAACACCGCUUUUCAAAAAAUGAUAAUUGGAGUCACUUCAUUUUCUUUCCCCGCCCCAACUAAGAACUCAAUCAGAAUUGUAUAUGCUAAUUUGUAGUAGUGGGAAGUCGAGGAGCCGGAAUUUGGUCCAUGGGGGCGGGAUAACUGGCACUACGAUUACUGGAAUGAUGGAGACUCUGGAGAUUCUGGAGACGAUGAAGAAGAUGGAGAAGAUGGAGACGAUGGAGACGAUGGAGACGAUGGAGACGAUGGAGACGAUGGAGACGAUGGAGACGAUGGAGACGAUGGAGACGAUGGAGACGAUGGAGACGAUGGAGACGAUGGAGACGAUGGAGAUGACGACAGCAAUGAUUUUGAUGACCAGGUUUCACAAUUAACAGAGUAA